UACUGUUGCGCUUGGCAGUUAUAUUAUCAAGGUGUCACGGUGCGGUGCUGCACUCGACUAUAGUCAUCUUUAACAAGAGCACAGUCUUGAUGGAGACCGCACGUAGGCAAAGGUGGAAGGUGCUGGCGCUAAGCACUGUCAUUUUCCUUCCGUCCCUUCUCUACUGCAUCUCGUCCUCCUCCUCGUUCUCUCACAUUGCAAGUGGAAUCGAUAGACUGGGACGCGUUACUCAUGAGUCAUCUAAGCACCAGACUGUGAUUGGACCUAGACUACAAGAGGACUUAAGGUGGUGGGAAGCCGAUGACUGCCAAUGCCAGACAGAGGAAUGUCGUGAGCUUUCGGUAACUUUUAACUGGUUAAAGGAAGAAGUGAACGGGACCUGUGGCCGACGACCAUGGAAUGUUGGCUCUAAAGUGCUGAGCUUCUCGCUCUAUGGCAAUAAUCCAGGAUACUGGAAAGGAUUGGAAGACAUACUCUUGAAGGUAGAGAAACUUUACCCUGGUUGGAAGGUGCGUCUGUACACAAAUCCACGAUACAACGCAGCUACCCUGUGUCCCUUGCUGCAUCGCUACAACUGUUUGCUGUACAUCUGUGAUAUUACAAGUCUCCCACACCCUCUCGGUAAUCUCUCCAACGUGCAUCCGAUGAUGUGGCGACUGGCACCUCUUGGAGAUUCUAAAAUAUCCGCUAUGUUGAUUCGCGACACCGACUCUCAGGUGACACAGAGGGAGGUGUCAGCGGUGGAGGAGUGGCUGGCAUCUGGGAAGAUGUUCCACGUGAUGAGGGACCAUCCCUACCAUAGAAUGCCCGUGCUUGGCGGGAUGUGGGACGCCCGCUGGGACAUCGAUCCUGCAUUAGCCACCAAGUUAAGAAACCUCAGGGACAAGAUGAUGGCAAUGGCCGUUGGUAAGAGGAACUACGGUCUUGAUCAACAAAUCAUUAAGAAAGUCCUGUGGCCGAAGAUGACUGGCAGUUUGGUGGCACACGACAGCUACAACUGCAAAUCAUUUAAGGGAUCUUCUCCGUGGCCCUCGCAGCGAUCGGAAGGAGAUUUUGUUGGAAAACCAAGAUACCGUAAGAAACAUGAGAACAUGACUUUACACACACCCUGUCCAGUAGCGUGCCGUCCCCCUACCCAUCAAGAUUGGAUAUACUGCUGACACUUCUCCCUCCUGCUGCUGGAAGAGAUUCCUAGUAUUGUUUGUAUUACUUGUAUUGCUAGGAUAAAGCUUAUGUUGUAUCUUGAUGUGUGUACACGAGAGAGAGAGAGAGAGAGAGAGAGAGAGAGAGAGAGAGAGAGAGAGAGAGAGAGAGAGAGAGAGAGAGAGAGAGAGAGAGAGAGAGAGAGAGAGAUUUAAAAGAAAUAAUAAAUAAUGCAUAACGAGUGCUAAACAUGAAUAGAGUAGGAUGUAUGGAAGGAAGUGGAGGAGUGAAGCCUACUCUUAUGCACAUAUUAGAGGUUUAUCUCUUAUCUUUAUGAUUUUCCUCUUGCCCAUCACUACACUCUCCAGGAUAUACAUGAUGUACAUUUCAAUCUAUGUUGUGAAUUAUUAUGAUACUGAAGUAAAAGAAUUACUUCACUGUAAACGAUCUAGUGGUUGUUUGCUGGCGAGGCGUGAGAGAUACGGUACCACCUUAUUAUUUCUUCUUAUUCUAGGUCAUAAAAAUGAAUAUCAAUAUCUCAUUGGAUAGGCUGGUUGAAAAUAUUAAAAAAAAAAAAAAAACGCAUGUUCAAUAAAUGCAUCAUAGGUUAAAUGAAAAAAAAAAUAAUAAUAGAUAAUGAAAUUAAUAAAUCUAAACACUGAAUUGUGAUUGAAAGAGCACGACAGAGAUGGUGAUGAGAGGGCUGGCUGUGAAAAGGAGGCCGCUGACUGUCCCGCGUCAGGAAACAAUCUUUUUUCAUUCCUUGUACUUCUCUCUCUCUCUCUCUCUCUCUCUCUCUCUCUCUCUCUCUCUCUCUCUCUCUCUCUCUCUCUCUCAUUGAUAU